AUGUCAAAACAAUCAAGAAAGGCUUGUAAAAUAAAGGCUAUAAGUAAAAGCAUACAAGUUGAUUUUCAUGAUGAACUAGAUGGUUAUGAUGAUGAUGAUGAUAUUGUUAUUCAUGAUAAGCUAGAAGAAAAUGAUAAUGCUAUAAGUAUUCAUGAGGCAGCAAAGGGGACUCUUAAGUUGCAUACCUUUUGGGAGGUCAAGAAACCUGAUGAGAAAAUUGAUAAGGAGAUGAUGAGGUUGAAGGUUACAACUGGUAUAAUAAAAUUCCAGAUGCUCUCAAAAAUUUGGAACUAG